UCAGUGCCGUCUGUCCGGCUGGAUCUCCAUUGCUGCCUUCUCGGCUUGUCACUCACUGUCACUGUGAAGCAAAGCAAGAGAAGGCAAGCAUGGAGGAGCCGCUGCUGAGCGCACCGUCGACCACGGAAAAGCUUCUUCACGGGGUAGGAGGAGGCAAGGAGGAGGAGGAGGAGGAGAGCUUGGCGUUGGCGGUGCGCGAGACGAAGCAGCAGCUGUACCUUGCCGGGCCGCUCGUCGUCGGGUUCCUCCUGCAGAACCUGGUCCAGAUGGUCUCCGUCAUGUUCGUCGGCCACCUCGGCGAGCUCGCGCUGGCCAGCGCGUCCCUGGCCACCUCCUUCGCCGGCGUCACGGGCUUCAGCUUGCUGGCUGGCAUGGCGUGCAGCCUUGACACGCUGUGCGGCCAAGCGUUCGGAGCGAAGCAGUACUACCAGCUGAGCGUGUACAAGCAGCGAGCCAUGGUGGUGCUCACUCUGGUGAGCAUACCGGUGUCGGUAGUCUGGGCCUACACCGGCGAGAUCCUCGCCUGGUGCGGGCAGGACCCGGAGAUCGCGGCGGCGGCAGGGAUCUACAUCCGGUGGCUGAUCCCGGCGCUGUUCCUGUUCGGGGCGCUGCAGUGCCACGUCCGGUUCCUGCAGACGCAGAACCUGGUGGUGCCCGUGAUGCUGAGCUCCGGCGCCACCGCGCUGUGCCACCCGGCCGUCUGCUGGCUGCUGGUGCGCGCGCUCGGGCUGGGCAGCAACGGCGCCGCGCUCGCCAACGCCAUCUCCUACCUCGCCAACCUCGCCUUCCUCGCGCUCUACGUCCGCCUCUCGCCGUCCUGCAAGUACAGCUGGACGGGGUUCUCCGCCGAGGCGUUCCGUGGCGUCCCCGACUUCCUCAAGCUCGCCGUGCCGUCCGCCGUCAUGGUCUGCAUGAAGUGGUGGUCCUUCGAGUUCCUGGUGAUGUUCUCCGGCCUCCUCCCCAACCCCAAGCUCGAGACGGCCGUGCUGUCCAUUUGCUUGAACACCAACAGCUUCGCAUUCAUGGUUCCGCUGGGACUCGGUGGUGCCGUAAGCACGCGUGUGUCGAACGAGCUCGGCGCGGGGCACCCGCGGGCGGCGCGGCUGGCGACGCGGGUGGUGGCGGUGCUGGCGCUGGCGGCGGGCGUGUCGGAAGGGGUGGUCAUGGUGCUGGUGCGCCACCAGUGGGGGUACGCCUACAGCAACGAGGAGGAGGUGGUCCGCUACACCGCCAGGAUGAUGCCCCUCAUCGCCGUCUCCCUCGUCUUCGACGGCAUGCAGAGCGUGCUCUCGGGCGUUGUCCGGGGCUGUGGCCGCCAAAAGGCCGGCGCGUACAUCAACCUCGCCGCGUACUACCUCGCCGGCGUCCCGUCGGCGUUCGUCUUCGCCUUCGUUUGCCGUCUAGGAGGAAUGGGCCUGUGGUUGGGCAUCAUGUGCGGCCUGGUGGUGCAGAUGCUGCUGCUGCUCUCCAUCACACUAUGCACCAACUGGAACAACGAAGCGCUGAAAGCGAAGGAUCGGGUGUUCAGCUCUGCUCUUCCUCCAUUAGAUUAGACAUGGCAGCCGGCCACAUGAGAUUGCGCGGAGGGAGAACACAAGGGGAUGCAGUCUUGUUGAGGUAUUGAUUGGCACAAGGAAGAAGAAACGCUAAUGUGGUGUGGUGGAAGGAAUAAUUUACCGAUCGAUAAUGGCCAUGUGGCAGUUGAAGCAGUUUUGUCCGUCAAUCUGUCUUAGAUGCAGAUUUGAGGCAUCAACGCAACUAAUGAUUCGUUCUGACACCCAACCGGGCCAUAUUUUAAGCAGCAUGGUUUUUUUUUUUGAAUCUUGAUGCUUUCGACGGUGCUGAUGCAAACUUGCAAGUUUCCACUUAUCUUGACAGAGCUUCGGGAAUGCAUCGCCAUCACAUAUCCGCUGAUCUGCUACAUCCUUGCCUCCUUCGUAUGGCAUCCAUCUGGACCUCAUCCACACACAUUCCGAGAAAAGUUUGCUAGACAUCGUCUGAACCUCAUCAAUACACAUUCCGAGAAAAGUUUGCUUGA